AUGGGGCGCAACAACUGGCCGCCCGCAGAUGAGUUCAUGUUCUCGCCCGCGUCAUUGCUGCCGUGGGCCCUAUCCCUCUUCGCCUUCGUUACCUCGCCCUGCUACGGCCUUCGUCCUCGAUACCUGCCCCCGCUCCCUGCAUCCCCAGGCACGCCCACUCAGCCCAUGUCCGAAACGAUGGGAAAGCCGAUCAAAUGCAAGGCGGCGGUGGCUUGGGCCGCGAACGAGCCUCUGAAGGUGGAAGAGAUCGAGGUGGCCCCUCCUCAGAAAGGCGAGGUCCGCGUCAAGGUUAUCGCCAAUGCCCUGUGCCACACGGACGUCUACACCCUCUCCGGACAGGACGCUGAGGGCAUGUUCCCCUCCAUCCUCGGACACGAGGCGGGCUGCAUCGUGGAGUCUGUCGGAGAAGGGGUCACGUCGGUCAAGCCUGGGGAUAAGGUAAUCCCCUGCUACACGCCGGAGUGCAAGCAGGCCGAGUGCAUCUUCUGCCAGAGCACCAAGACGAAUCUCUGCCCCACCAUCCGGGCGACGCAGGGGAAGGGCGUGAUGCCCGACGGGACCACUCGCUUCUCCAUCGACGGCAAGCCCAUCUACCACUUCAUGGGGUGCUCCACGAUGGCGGAGUACACCGUGAUCUCCGAGAUCUCAGCAGCCAAGAUCUCCGAUGAUGCAGACCUAGAGAAGGUGUGCCUGUUCGGGUGCGGCGUCGCGACUGGCUUCGGCGCCGUGAUGAACACCUGCGACGUGGAGGAAGGGUCGACCGUAGCCGUCUUCGGGCUGGGGGCGGUUGGACUCGCCGCGCUACAGGCAGCUAAGGCGAGAAAAGCUUCUAGGAUUUUCGCGAUAGACACAAACCCGUCCAAGUUCGAACUGGCCAAGCAGCUCGGCGCUACGGACUGCCUCAACCCCAAGGACAGCGAAACCCCUAUCCAGCAGGCUGCCCACAGGGGGUGGGGGGAGUCGUGCAUCAUCGGGGUGGCCGCGGCAGGGCACGAGAUCUCCACGAGGCCGUUCCAGCUGGUUACGGGAAGGAUUUGGAAGGGCACGGCGUUCGGCGGGUGGAAGUCUAGGUCGCAGGUGCCUGGGUUGGUAGAUGACUACAUCUCGGGCAAGCUGCCCAUCGACCACUACAUCACCCACACGUUUGAGGGCGUAGACAAGACCAACGACGCCAUCGACGCCCUCCAUCAUGGCGGUUGCCUCCGGGCCGUUGUCACAUACUCGCACUAA